AUGGACCUCGACGGCAGCACGUCUACGGACGGUGGGCCCAUGGCCCUCCUCGUCGCCGCCGAGGACUUGACAGGACUCGUUCUCGACCGCGACGAUGUCAAGGUUUUUGUCAAGGAAGAAACCACAAGCCCAGUGUCAAGCACUGGCAGAUCAUGUCAGGCUCCAUCGCUGAAGUGGAAACCCAAAGCUCCCCCGAGGACCUCCGGUGCCCACAGCAGCAAUCAAACCAUCGCAUCGCGGCAUCAUGUCACCAAAUCCGGUAGACAUGGCAGCAAAGCAGCAGCAGCCGCCAAAGCCGCCGCCCUCCGAGGCCCUCACCCAUCGCCGCACCCCAUUGUUCCUCGCCGUGUCGAGGACUGGGAUCCGUGGAAAGGGCUACUCCAUGAACUCUACAUCACCCAAAACCGCAUCCUCCGUGACAUUAUACAACUGAUGGAAACCAACUACAACCUCAAGGCCACACCCAAAAUGUACAAGAACCAGUUCGCUCGCUGGGGCUUUUUCAAAUACGCCGUCAAGAGGCGGCCACGGUACAACUCUGACGAAUCCCCCACCGACGACACCUACGGUUCAAAGUCGUCAUCGGCCUCCAUGAUCUCCCUCAGCAGAAACAACAGUUACAGCACCAAUUCCCCCACCUUCUUCGGCAACGACACGUCCCGCGCCGCUCAGCUAGGGUUAACUGCCAUCCGCCGUUUCUUGCACGGGUACAUCGACCUCGAUAUCAGCAACCUCCGGGUAGAAGAAGUCGCCGGCUACAUCGACCCUUGUUAUCGCUACUUUAAGGUUUCCAUGGAUCUAUUCGACUUGAAGGAGAAUAAAACCGGAGGUGAGGUGUUAAGGCUGGCAUUCCUGCAGAUCGAACGCAAGCUCGAGAAGCCAACGAUGAAGUCAUUUUCGGAUUUGUGUUUUGUCGUCCCGCAUUUGUUAUUGGAGUACGGGAGGUUAGAUAUCCUCAAGGCUUACUUCCGUUACUUGGCACGGUUAACAACCGUCAAGUUUGGAAACCACCCCGUCUCGGAGAUCGCGGCGAGUUUUGUCGAGAUGUUUGAGGAAGGGUCGGAGAAUGAGGAGAGGCUGAUGGGGUACAUUCAGCUUUUGUCACAAGCCAACGCGGAUGUCAUUGAGGAUAUCCCUGGUGUGCUGGGUAGGACGAGAGAGUGGGCGAGGAAUCAGAGUUUGGCUUGCCAGCAGAGGGAGGAUAGGAGUCGCAGUGGGAGUCCAAAUUCUUCGGCUGCUUCGUCGAAGGGGUCACCUCCUGAUAUGAACAUGGCGGUGGCGCCUUCUGUGAGGGAUAGAGACAAGAGGCGGCAUCACAUGCUUCGAGUCGAGGCCCAGAGCGUGUAUUGGGCGCAAAAGCUGGUUAUGUCAGGUGAUCCGGAAAGUGAAGCGCUGGCUGAGCAGUGGUUGGCGAAGGAAUUCGGGCAUGAUUUCAAGCCCCGGGUGAUGGCAUUGCUGGAGAGGCUAAAGAUGAUGAGGGAUAUCGGGGUAUUCCCGGAGGUGUUUGCCAAGAUGAUGGAAUGUCUGUUUAUUGGGUGGCUGUUUGAUUAUUGCGAGUUUGUGGAAGAGUGGGAAGAGGCGUUUGAAUGGGGGAGACAGGGACUGGCACUGUCGGCGAAUGAGCAGUACGUGAUUUGGAGUAUUCACUUGGAGGGGGUGAUGAGAGAGCAUGGCAGUGUGUUGGAAGCGGAUGCACUGAAGAAAAAGAGACAGGGGAUGGACUGGAUGGAACAGGUGAGGACGCAGGUGGACAAGUUGACUUUGUAA